CUGCUUCCCUUAAGCCAUCCUCCCUCUCCCACUCUCCUCCUCCUUCUCCUCCUCCACCUGCUCCUCCCCCCUCUUCCUCCUUGUUCUUCGUGAACACUCUACUCCCAAAAACUUAGCCUCAUCCUCUGAUGGGUAAAGGCUGGACCACGCAAUGCUCAGAAACAGACAAGAGAAGUAAUUUACUCAACGCAGCCACCUUCCUGGUGGUUUUCGUCGUCCUGCUUCAGGAUGGCUCCGCCUUCCACAUGGGAGCGGUUGGACCUUCCCUGGGACGAUCAAGGAUAACAACAAGCAACCUGGUUCGCCUGAGACACAUGACGAGAGUUCCCCUGCGACGCCAGCCUCUAUCUGAACCGGCGAGCUAUGACAACCUGAAGAGCCUGUCGGGUUUGAAGAAGAGGACCGGGGUUGCUGUGAGGUUCAAGCAGUCUCUGGCGGAUGCAGCAACUUUCAGCACAGACCAGCUGGAUCUCUCCGCCUACAUCAACAAGAUCAGCAAUGGCGUAUCGGAGAAGAUGAUCGGAGGUACCCUCGCCAUCGUCGCCUUGAUCCAGCUGUCGAAAGGCCUCGUGCUCUUCAGCCCUCCAGGAACCAACCUGAUGGCGCAUGCUGUCGCUGGGGCACUUGGGGGGAUUGUUGCUCUCUCAGUCGGCUACCCUUUGGAGGCUGUGGAGAGAGGACAGAAGAAGAUGGGAGAGUUCGGCUCCAUCUUCAACCGAAUGCAGAAUGUCUUCCGCAGCCGAGUCACGGACCUUUACAAGGGCUUCCGAAAGUCAAUGGUGGUCACGGCGAUCACGAGGGCGGUCAAUGCUGGCACGUACGCAUACUUGAAGGGGACUCUCUCCCUCUCCUCCAUCUCCGGGGGGCUCGGGGUUGUAGCUGUGGCAGCGUUCGGGACAGGUAUCAUGUCGACCUUGAUCUCGCUGUUGUUCGACCCAGCGAGCUCCGAGCGCAAGAUGAACUUGGCUCACAAGCUCAUGGAUGCGGGGAAGCGAUGCCUCUCGAACAUCGUGGGGUUCGAAGUGUUCUUCCUCUCCUAUACAGCCCUGUGCGUGAUGAACCCUAUCCUGAGCAUCAGCCUGGGAGGAGCAGCGAUCUCGGGCGCUCUGUGUGGGUCUGCUUCCUAUGUUGCUAGCGCUUCCUUGGAGGGAGUCAUGGACGGAAAGGGUGUUGUCCCGCACAAUGGAGUGAGGAGACGCGGGGGAGUUGUGGAUUCCAUCAAGUUUGCGUUGAAGAGGACCGGUUCAGUCUUGCAGGAGACCAUCUCGCACUGCAGGAGAUCUGACGUUUGCUCGUUAGUGGCACUCUCGAAUGCGGUAUUGUUUGUAGUUUAUCAGGCGGUUUACGAGAUUUUAGUGUGA